CCCUGCGACUUUUCAGUGGGCCAUGAACAUGGCUUUUCAGAAUUUCGUGCGGAAGACUCGCCUGGCACAGAGCAUUAUCAACUACUGCGUGAUUGUGUACAUGGAUGACAUCUUGGUGUAUUCGAGCUCCUACGAGGGACACGUGCAGCACAUCGAAUGGGCACUGCAUGCGCUACGAGAUGCAGGUUUCAAAGUGGCGCUUGAGAAGUGUCAGUUUUUCCUCACCACCAUUUCUUUCCUAGGGCACGUGGUGACAGACAAGGGACUCCAACCGGAGCCGCAGAAGGUGGCAGCUGUCAGGGACGCGCCAAUGCCUACCACUAUCACGCAAGUUCGCACCUUUUUGGGCCUAGCCUCGUAUUACCGAAGAUUUAUCAAGGGCUUCACGGCGAUUGAGGGACCCCUCACAAAUCUCCUGCGCAAGGAUCAACCGUUGAUCUCGACGCCAGAGUGUGAUCAAGCGUUUUCUAAACUCAAGGCUGCUCUCAUUUCGGCUCCGGUUCUUAUAAGACCGGAUCCCGAAAAACCUUUUGUUCUCAUCACCGACUGGCAGCCAGAGGCGAUUUCGGCGAUCCUUGCCCAGGUGGGACUGAGCGGACUCGAGAGUGUAGUGGAGUAUGCGUCCAAAUUCGUGCCCGCCUGCAAGCGCAAUUACGCUGCUCCAACGGGUGAAUGCUAUGCGGCUCUCUGGGGAAUCAGUCACUUCCGUGCGUACCUGUACGGGCGAGAAUUCACCCUGGUGACUGAUCAUGAGCCCCUGUUGGCUCUGAAGAAGUCGAAGGAUUACUCGGGCAUGAUCGUGCGAUGGGCAACGGUGCUGCAGAGCAUGGACUUUGACAUUCGUCACCGAAAGCACGAGAGACACGGGAAUGCGGACGGACUGACACGACUGCACCGGCCUGAGAAAGUUCCGAGGAAUGAGGAGGUGAUUCCGUGGAACGAACCCGAGCAGAAGAUUAGACCUCGGUACGGCCAAGUGGAGAUUUUGUCGACGCAUUCAUCGGCGAGCGCGUCCAAGAACGAGCCACGUCACCACAGUGGCGGCAUUCACCGGCGACAGCAGCUCGGUCAAUCCGCUGCGGCAUACCGCGAUCUUGGCCUCGCUGCGCGAGUGGACGGAGCAAGUCUCCAACGUGUGGCAGCACGUCCUCGCCCGGGAGGGUUGAUUGCACAAGAGCUCAUCGCACUGAUCGUGCAAUUGGCGGACGAUCUCUCGCCCGACAUCUACUUUCAGAGCGACAAUAGUCCUGCUCCGUACAUUUUCGAGCGAUCCUUGGAUCCCUACCUUCAGUGGACUUCGUGCUUGGAGGAACCUAGGGACGAGGAUACGCUACCAUCGCGGCAGGAGUAUCUGAAGCCGUACGAGAUCAUCCCUUACGCCUUCUACCCGAGGGCAGAAGAACUGGUGAUUGACGACAACGACGACGAAGAAGAAAACGACGACAAGGAGACAUCGGAGGAGGGAAGUUAUAGUGAACAUAGCGAGGGCGAGCUGAGUAAAGAGGAAGAAGAAGAAACCGGAUCCGAGUGGGAAGCCUUGCCGGAGGAAGCGACGCGUACGGGAACGGAGGCGGAAGAUCCGGAAGCGGCGCGAAAGCGCGAAGAAAUUGCCACCGGAAAGCGCCAGCUGGAGUUCGCUAGCGAGGCUAGCCUGCGCAUCGGUAGCGAUCCGACCAGGGAUCCAGAGCCGCCGAGGCCCGAAGAUGGCGACCCUGCAGCCGCCACCUCAAGUACUGCGCGACGGAGACGGCGCCGAUCCCCCUCCUCCUCCAGCCCCACCCGUCCCCCAGUUCGCCCACGUACCAAUGCGGGCGAUAGGCCUUCAACCUCGGACGCUGCCCCGCCGACCCCUUGAUUUUCUCACCCUCGAGCAGAUCCGUACCCCCGUC